AUGGGGCCUCCCCUGCCCGCUUUCCAAUGGGAUGGACCGGGGGAGUGCGAGUCGCCAGGGACAGGCUGUCCAAUCCACACGAUUCCACUCACCACGCACGGGGCGAAGAGGAACGACGACGGCACGAUGGGCCACUCAGCGGCCCAGCUUUGUUUUAAUGACAAAGGAAUGUACUCUAUUACCAUCGACCAAUUACCCCCAGAAAUCGCCUCCCCUACUACUGCAUCGCAUCUGGAGCUAUGGGUGAUUUCCCGCCGGAUGAGAGGCCCCGCCGCUUGGAUUCCUAGACGACAUCGUAUUUGCCUUUGGCUCGAAUGUCCGGCCCGUCACGCUCGUGCUCAGAUUGCCAGAUUGCUUACAUUAUGUCUGUCUACAUUGAAAGGACAAUUCUGUUCGGCUGCAAGCAGCUUCCUGGAUCCAAAGGGACACUGUGUUUACAUAGCUACCGUUACUGAAUUCAGCGUCAAACCCCAACCUGUCAAAUUACUGCUGUCAUCCGUCCGUCCAUCAUCCAUAAUCCCCCCUGAACGCACGUUUUUCUCCCACGACACUACUGCAGUUUCGGUCCAAACUCGAAAAUAUGCAGGUACAGAUCUCCAGACCUUCAUCGGAGCUGAAUGUCGUCGAUUCGUCUCGUCUCAUCCUCGGUUUCCAUCCCUUCCUACUAGACUGUCCUUUUGCCUCAACCUCUUGCACUCUCCCUCCCCCUUCCCCGCCCCAGCCAGGCACAAGAAAAUCGCCUUUUCGAUUGUGAGGUUACGAUUCAUUGACCCAAGACAAUACUCCAUAUUGUCUUGCUCCCUUGGAAGCCGGCCACAAAACGCGAAAACCGAAGAAAAGCUCGGGGCAAAAACAAAGGCAGCCUGUGUUGAUGUCACCAGGAAGAGGCACCACUUCCUAGUCAUUAUCAAAAGGCAGAUUGUCGCUUCUCAAUAUCAUCCUAAGAUGUUUAGCACAAUUGAAAUUUCCCGAGCGUCAUGCCCGCCGGACAUCAUCCUCGAUCUUUGCUUCGAGGGACCUAUAACACCAAACUAA